AUGCAUGUGUUUUAUUCUGUUGCUCUCUUACUAAGCAUACUUUGUGGAGCUUUUGCCUCUGUAGGCGAUUUCUCGCCUCAUUACAGACAGUGCAUUCACGAUUGUAGAGUAAAUUUAGAAUGUCCUUCAGAGUUCAUUGACGUAGCAUGGUCUUUUUCCAAAUGCUUCAAAUGUCGUUAUAACUGCAUGUGGAAUACUGUCGAUCAUUUUGUAGAGCAAAAGUGGGAUGUACCACAGUUUCAUGGAAAAUGGCCGUUCAUAGCAAUAGAAUUUUUCGGCUUUGGUCCUACGAUACAAGAGCCUUGCUCAACGAUUUUCUCGUUGUUGAACCUAUGUUCUUACGUAUAUCUGUAUAACUUCUUGAAGAAGUCAAGAUUUGUAGAGUAUAGGCAUAUAUGGAUAGGGUAUACGAUUGUAGGGGUGCUGGCCUGGUCAUGCUCGGCUCUUUUCCAUGCAAGAGAUAAUUGGAUAACUGAAUAUAUGGAUUAUUUUGCAGCAUGUGCAUUGGUACUUUACGGAUUUUAUGCAUCCUUGCACAUAACUGUAUUCUCAAGUUUCUACUUCAGGGGAUCGAAAUCUUCAUUAUUAACGGGUUUCAUACUACUUCUCUUCUAUGUCCAACAUAUCCGUUCAAUGCUGAAGCAUUUCGAUUAUGGGUAUAACAUGCUGUGCUGCAUCGUUCUAUCUAUAGCCACUUCUGUUCUUUACUUAUUCCACCUAUUGAGGAGACGUCACACUCGUAAAAUAGUGUCUGAAUCAGAUUUCAUACUCUGGAAAAUUUUGUUUUAUUCAAUUUUCUGUGUUUUACUGGAAGUGUUCGAUUUCGCACCUAUCCUCUGGUUUGUUGAUGCUCAUUCACUCUUUCACUUAUCAACAAUUCCAAUCCCAUUAUGGUUCUCAAAGUUUCUAUAUGUGUAUAACCAGGAGUACUUAGCUGAUCAACUAAACAAAAAAAUCUAA